GAAGUCCAAGGGAAAGCCAAAUGGUAAAAAGCCAGCACCAGAAGAGAAGAAACUUUACCUAGAACCAGAAUACACAAAAUCCAGAAUUACUGACUUUGAAUUUAAGGAGCUAGUGAUGUUACCCCGAGAAAUAGACCUCAACGAGUGGCUAGCCAGCAACACAACAACUUUCUUUCAUCACAUCAACUUACAGUAUAGUACAAUCUCAGAAUUCUGUACAGGAGAGUCAUGUCAGACCAUGGCAGUGUGCAAUACACAGUACUACUGGUAUGAUGAGCGGGGAAAGAAGAUCAAGUGCACUGCUCCUCAGUAUGUCGACUUUGUCAUGAGCUCAGUGCAGAAACUAGUGACAGAUGAGGAUGUCUUUCCAACAAAAUAUGGCAAGGAAUUCCCAAACUCAUUUGAGUCCCUAGUGAAGAAGAUCUGCAAGUACCUGUUCCACGUGCUGGCCCAUAUCUACUCCUCACACUUUAAGGAGACUUUGGCACUGGAGCUGCACGGACAUUUAAACACACUCUACACACACUUUAUCCUAUUCAUCAGGGAGUUCAACCUCGUGGACCCUAAAGAGACCACCAUCAUGGAUGACCUCACAGAGGUCCUCUGCAGCAGCAGCGGGAGCAGCAGUAAUGGGAGCGGCAACGGGAGCAGCAACAGCGCAGGAGCACAGAACCACGUCAAAGAAAGAUGAGCCUUCCUCCAGGAUCAAAACUAACAUUAAAAACAAUAUUAUAUAUUCUGUGUGUAUGUGUAUGUAUAUGUUCAGAUAUACAUACAGACAUAUACAGCAAUGAAAGCUGAAAGAAAUUCUGCUGCCGCCACAGGACGUGUAGUCGCAUGGGACUGUAUGGAGCUUUGGUUUAAUGCGCCACCCGGCGAGAAGUUGCACCGAUUUUAUUUUAUUUUAUUUUCUGUCCACUCCUCCUUUUAUCUGUUCAGAUGGAUGAUGAGUGCUGUUUUUAGAGAAAAGCCAAGCUUGAGUGGGGCCACUCUU